GCGCGGCGGGCGCGCGCCGCGCUCGCCGCCGCCGCGCGGGGCAGAGGGGCGAGGAGGGCCCCGCUGGUGUUGGACGUCGUGGACGCGGAGGUGGUCGACGUGGAGGAAGGCGAGGAGGAGGCGGCGACGGACGACGGUUCCACCCUGAUUGCUGACAUCCUCGCUCGCUUCGAGACGAGCGUGCAGGUGAGGAGCCUGCUGAUGGAGUACGCCCGGGAACCCAAGCGGUCGGCGCUGUCUGCGUCUGGAUUCCCAGAGCUCGAGAUGGGCGGCCCGGUCGCCGCCGCGGCGCUGGUGGGCCAGCUGCGGAAGCGAGGCCUUGGGCCAGACCAGGCCGAGGUGGGGGCCGCAGUGCUGUGCCUGAUGAUGGGCGCGCUGGACGAGGCUCACAACCUCGUGACGCCCCACACGGAAAACAAGCCGACCACGUUCGGAGGCCCGCCACGUUUCGGCAGCACGGCGGUGCAGGAGGCGUGCUACUGCCAGGUCCUCGUGCACAGGAUGGAAGGCGAGCACCGGGGCAGCAGCGGCACUGGCUUCGCACAGAGCGACCACUGGAUCUCGAGGGCGUUCCCGUCGUACAACAAGGACGCCGAGCACCCCGUCCACACAGCCCUCCGCCUGGCAGCCCAGGAGUGGGGGUCGACCGCUUGUCCGGACAUGGCGCGAGGGUUCCUGAGGAGCACGAGCGCGAGGUGGAGCCCGAAGGGCUUCAACCAGCUCUGCGCAGACGCGCUGGAGGACGAGGACCCCGAGCUCCUUGAGUUCUGCGGCAGGCUGCAGGCCAAGGAGCUGCGGCUGCUCUUCGACGGACUCGCAGCCUCGGAGCCCGCGCAGAGCAGGAAGGCCGACCGCCUCGGCGGCAGCUUCGGCCCCGCGGCGGCCCCCGCCGUGGAGGCGGUGGCGCGGCAGGAGGAGAAGUCGACUGCGGGGCAGCAAGGCCCAGGCACAGACAGUCCGGAGUUCAAGAAGAUCAUGCAGGACCUCGGGGACAACCCACAGGUGAUCCAGAACAUGGCCCAGAGCGAUCCUAAGUUCAAGGAGAUGCUGGAGAAGGACCCAGAGCUCAAGAAGGUGACCGCUUUUCGAGACGGCGCGCAGGCGUUCGGGAAGGCCUUUGCCGCGAUGGCCGGCGCGGGAGGAGCCACACCAGACGGCAACGAGCAGCUGAGCGAGGACGACGAUGCCGCCGUCGAGAGGCUCCGGCUUUGUGACCUGAGCAGGCCGAAGGAGAUCAUCGCCCAGGUCUACGUGGCUUGUGGCAGGGACGAGAAGAAGGCGUCCGAGAUCCUGUUGAACAAGCUUUGA